AUGAGGGUCUUCAACCUGCUCUACCUGGCGCUGCUGCUCGUAGCCGCCGUAGCCGCAGUCUCCUCCGCCAGGCCAGGUAAGCAUCCCCACAACUCAUCAGUCCAAAACAAACCAUCGGCUUAUUCAUUUGCUUUAUUCUGCAUAUUAAGAUCAGAUCAUUUUCUUCCAGAUUUCCUCAACCUGCGGAGAAGAUACCACAGGCACCACUGCCCAUUCAGACGCUGCAUGCCUCUCCACUCCAGAGUACCCUUCCCCUAAGGUGAGACGUGUGCUUAUGUGUAUAAAAGACGAUAAAAAAACGUAUACAAGUGCUUUUGUGUAUAAAAGAAAUACAAUAAAAAGGUUAUGGGCCGAGCCGCAUGAUACACAGAACCAAACAAAAGGGCACGGGGCCGGCAGG